CCCUCCCCCUGCCCGGCACGCCGUCUGCAGCUAGCGAGGUCCCGCUCCGCCUCCUCUCCGGACGCGUCCCCGCAGCCAUGAGCUCCCCGUUCAAACGCGCUCCCCUGUUCGGCUCCCUCCUUAAGCGGCGCGUCCCCGGGAGCGCGCCCGUCCAGCAGCAGCUGCUGCCCACCUCGUCGGUGUGCGCCUUGGAGCCCAAGGCCGAGAUGCCCGCCUGCCCCCGGCAGAACCCCCACUCGCUUUCCGCCCUGCCCGGUCCCACCAAGUGGCCGCUGUUGGGCAGCCUCCUGGACAUCCUCUGGAAAGGGGGCCUCAAGAGACAACACGAGACGCUGGCUGAUUACCACCGCAAGUUUGGCAAGAUCUUCCGCAUGAAACUAGGUGCUUUUGACUCGGUGCAUAUCGGUGCACCCUGCUUGCUGGAGGCUCUCUACAGGACAGAGAGCGCCUACCCGCAGCGUCUUGAGAUCAAGCCCUGGAAAGCCUACCGGGAUUACCGUAAAGAGGGCUACGGGCUGCUUAUCCUAGAAGGGAAGGACUGGCAGAGAGUGAGAAGUGCAUUUCAGAAGAAAUUAAUGAAGCCCACGGAAAUUGUGAAGCUGGAUUCCAAAAUCAAUGAGGUCCUAGGAGAUUUCAUGCAUCGAAUGGACACGCUUUGUAACAAGAAUGGAGAAAUAGAAGAUUUAUAUUCUGAACUGAACAAAUGGUCAUUUGAGAGUAUUUGUCUGAUGUUGUAUGGAAAAAGGUUUGGACUCCUGCAGCAGGACGUGGGAGAUGAAGCCUUGAACUUCAUCAAGGCUGUCAAAACGAUGAUGGGUACUUUUGGGAAGAUGAUGGUGACCCCAGUUGAGCUCCAUAAAAGUCUGAAUACUAAAGUUUGGCAAGCUCAUACGAAGGCAUGGGACAAUAUCUUUAAGACAGUGAAACGUUCCAUAGACAGCAGGCUGAAGAAACACUCUGCCAACCCCAAGGAAGAUUUCCUUUGUGACAUUUACUUCGGGAGUCAGCUUUCAAAGAAGGAGCUGUAUGCUGCUAUUACAGAGCUCCAGAUUGCAGGAGUUGAAACGACUGCCAACAGUUUACUCUGGGCGCUCUACAAUGUCUCGUGCAACCCGGAUGUCCAGGCAAAGCUUCUUGAGGAAAUACAGAGUGUGGUCCCAGCUGGAGAAGACCCGAAUGGUGAACAUCUGAAGAGGAUGCCCUACUUAAAGGCCUGCCUGAAAGAAUCUAUGAGGUUAACUCCUUCCGUGCCAUUUACCACUCGGACCCUUGACAAAGAGACCGUCCUGGGAGAUUACUCCCUUCCGAAAGGGACAGUGUUGAUGAUCAACAGCCAUGCCCUGGGAUGCAACGAAGAAUACUUCAGUGACUGGACUCGGUUUAAGCCGGAGCGUUGGCUCCAGAAGAACAUAAAUCCUUUCGCUCAUGUUCCUUUUGGCAUUGGGAAAAGGAUGUGCAUUGGACGCCGCUUGGCAGAGCUGCAGCUUCAAUUAGCUCUCUGUUGGCUUGUACGGAAGUAUCAGAUCGUAGCAACCGAUGACAAACCAGUCGAAACCCUGCACUUGGGCAUCCUCAUCCCCAACCGAGAACUCCCCGUUGCAUUCAGAAAGCGAUAAGAUACUUUUGAAGGAAAUGGUUGGAGUGCUGCUUUUUCCACAGACUACACCUGGAGUCCUUGCUCCUGCAGCAACAAAUGGCUAGGCAUGUUUUGAUCAAUGUGUGCUGAUGACAGGGAGAGAACAAGGGGCAUCCAAAGCUAGCUUUGACCUUGCUGAUGUGUGUGUGUGGGGGGGGGUCAAAUCUGUCAAGCUGCAGCGAGCACACCUGAGCAGUCUGCGAAUGCUGUAACGAAACCUGAAAUAGACGCUGCCUGAAUUAUAAAGGUAGGAAGCGGAAAGAUGGCAGAGUUAAGAAGCUGGCAGGGGACAAUGGAUCUUUUCAUGCAGCCCUGGCAAAAAUCCAUGUAUGCUCACCUGCCAAUGUGGAAAUCUCCUGUUCUUGGCUCAGUCCAUCCAUCCUGUUAUGACUGUGGGAUCAGGAAGGAAUGAAAUGAUUCCGUGACUUCAGGGUUAAGGUGCAGGGAUGGGAA